AAGAACCCGGCCCAGCUGCACCCGCGUCCCAACGCCCGCGUCCCCGAUCCCCGCGCCGCGACCUCGGCGCUCCGAACCCCACUCCCGGUUCCGCCAACUUUCACGCUGCUUCGGCGGCUCGGCCCGACUUGGCGCCAAUGGUGGAGGCCAUAGUGGAGUUUGAUUACCAGGCCCAGCAUGACGAUGAGCUGACCAUCAGCGUGGGUGAGGUCAUCACCAACAUCAGGAAGGAGGAUGGAGGCUGGUGGGAGGGGCAGAUCAACGGCAGGAGAGGUUUGUUCCCUGACAACUUUGUAAGAGAAAUAAAGAAGGAUAUGAAGAAAGACCCUCUCUCCAAUAAAGCUCCAGAGAAGCCUAUGCUCGACAUAGCCAGUGGAAAUGCUUUGCUGUCUUCUGAAACCAUUUUAAGAACCAAUAAGCGAGGCGAGCGACGGAGACGCCGAUGCCAGGUGGCAUUCAGCUACCUACCCCAGAAUGACGAUGAGCUGGAGCUGAAAGUCGGAGACAUCAUAGAGGUUGUAGGGGAGGUAGAGGAAGGAUGGUGGGAAGGUGUACUCAAUGGCAAGACUGGAAUGUUUCCUUCCAACUUCAUCAAGGAGCUGUCGGGGGAGUCGGACGAGCUUGGCAUUUCCCAGGAUGAGCAGCUGUCCAAGUCAAGCUUAAGAGAAACCACAGGCUCCGAGAGCGAUGGGGGUGACUCAAGCAGUACCAAGUCCGAAGGUGCCAACGGGACAGUGGCAACUGUAGCCAUCCAGCCCAAGAAAGUCAAAGGAGUGGGCUUUGGAGAUAUCUUCAAAGACAAGCCAAUUAAACUGAGACCAAGGUCAAUCGAAGUAGAAAAUGACUUCAUGCCAGUAGAAAAGACAAUUGGGAAGAAGUUACCUCCAGCUACGUCAACUCCAGAUCCAUCAAAACCAGAAAUGGACAGCAGGACAAAGGCCAAGGAUUACUGCAAAGUAAUAUUUCCAUACGAGGCACAGAAUGAUGACGAAUUGACAAUCAAGGAAGGAGAUAUAGUGACUCUCAUCAAUAAGGACUGCAUCGAUGUAGGCUGGUGGGAAGGAGAGCUCAACGGCAGACGAGGAGUGUUCCCUGAUAACUUCGUGAAGUUACUUCCACCCGACUUUGACAAGGAAGGGAAUAGACCCAAGAAGCCACCACCUCCAUCCGCUCCUGUCAUCAAACAAGGAGCAGGUACCACAGAGAGAAAACACGAAAUUAAAAAGAUACCCCCUGAAAGACCAGAGACACUUCCAAACAGAACAGAAGAGAAAGAAAGACCAGAGAGAGAGCCAAAACUGGAUUUACAGAAGCCUUCUGUUCCUGCCAUCCCACCUAAAAAGCCUCGGCCACCUAAGACCAAUUCUCUGAACAGACCUGGUGCAUUGCCCCCAAGAAGACCUGAGCGACCAGUGGGCCCACUGACACACACCAGGGGCGACAGUGCAAAGAUUGACUUGGCGGGCAGCGCACUCUCUGGCAUCCUGGACAAGGACCUCUCGGACCGCAGCAAUGACAUUGACCUAGAAGGGUUUGACUCUGUGGUAUCAUCUACUGAGAAACUCAGCCACCCAACCACAAGCAGACCAAAAGCUACGGGAAGGCGGCCUCCAUCUCAGUCGCUCACAUCUUCCUCCCUUUCAAGCCCCGAUAUCUUUGACUCCCCAAGUCCCGAAGAAGAUAAAGAGGAACACAUUUCGCUUGCGCACAGAGGACUAGACGUGUCGAGGAAGACUUCCAAGACUGUUACCAUAUCCCAAGUGUCGGACAACAAGGCAUCCCUGCCACCCAAGCCAGGGACCAUGGCAGCUGGCAGCAGUGGGCCAGCCUCUCUCUCUUCAGUGGCAUCCUCACCCAUGCCAUCCUCUUUGGGAACAGCUGGACACAGAGCCAAUUCUCCAUCUCUGUUCAGCACAGAAGGAAAACCAAAGAUGGAGCCUGCAGCCAGCAGCCAGGCUGCUGUAGAGGAGCUUAGGACACAAGUCCGGGAGCUGAGGAGCAUCAUUGAGAGCAUGAAGGACCAGCAGAAACGUGAGAUUAAGCAGUUACUGUCAGAGCUGGAUGAAGAAAAGAAAAUUCGGCUUCGGUUGCAGAUGGAAGUGAAUGACAUAAAGAAAGCUCUUCAAUCAAAAUGAAUACUUGAUAAUUGAGAUGUUACAUUUUUCACCCUGAGUCCGAGACUCAAAUUUUCUGUCCCAGCCAAAAUCAUCUUGUGCCAAAAGAUUAAAGGUUUGCCUCAACA